AUGAGGGCGAAAAAGAUUGCCGUGAUUGGCGCUGGGGUCAGUGGAUUAGGUGCCAUUAAGAGCUGCUUGGAGGAGGGACUUGAACCUGUGUGUUUUGAAAAGAACAAUGAUAUUGGAGGAGUAUGGAAUUAUGAGGAAACACCAAAGAGUAGAAUUCCUGGGAUAUACAAAUCUUUGACCUGCAACACCUCCAAGGAGAUGACAGCCUUCAGUGACUACCCUAUGCCUGAUCAUUAUCCCAACUACUUGCACCAUUCCAAAAUGAUGGAGUAUAUUAGGAUGUAUUCCAAUCAUUUUGGACUUAUAAAAUACAUCCAGUUCCAAACAAAGGUGUGCAGUGUGAGGAAGAGUCCUGAUUUUUCAUCCUCUGGCCAAUGGAAAGUUGUGGCAGAAGCUGAUGGGAAGCAGAAAGCCUAUAUCUUUGAUGGAAUUAUGAUCUGCAGUGGUCAUUUUAAUAAAAAGCAUUUUCCACUACAGGAUUUUGCAGGGAUCAACAAGUUCAAAGGCAAAUACCUCCACAGUUGGAAGUACAAGCACCCAGAUGAUUUUGUGGGGAAGAGAGUGGUUGUGAUUGGCACUGGGAAUUCUGGAGCUGAUGUGGCUGGGGAGAUCAGUCGUGUUGCUGAGCAGGUUUUCCUCAGCACAAGGCGAGGUGCAUGGGUAUGGAACCGGGUUUGGGAUAAUGGAAACCCCAUGGAUGCUACACUCUUUACUCGAUACAAAAGAACACUCCAAAAAUUAUGUCCCACAUUCUUGACCAAAAAAUGGACAGAGAAUAAAUUAAAUGCAAGGUUUAACCAUGCCAACUACGGACUAGAAACUACACACAGAAUUUUUAGCUAUCCAAUAGUUAUCAGUGAUGAGCUGCCGAAUCAAAUAAUUAGUGGAAGAGUGCUGAUGAAACCAAAUGUGAAGGAGUUCACUGAGACAUCGGCCAUCUUUGAGGAUGGAACGGAAGAGAACAUUGAUGCUGUUGUCUUUGCCACGGGCUACACCUUCUCUUUCCCUUUCUUGGAGGAUGAAGCUAUCCUGGAUAACCUGCACUCCCUGUUUAAAUGUGUCUUCCCCCCUCAGCUAGAGAAGCCAACACUAGCUUUUAUUGGCCUCCUCCAACCAGCAGGAGCUACCAUCCCCACAUCAGAACUGCAGAGCCGAUGGGCUGUCCGUGUAUUUGCAGGACUGAAGCAAUUACCCUCACUGAGUGACAUGCUGGCUGAAAUCAACAAAAGGAAAAAACAACUUGAAAAUGAAGGGUGUGUGAAAAUACCAGGAAACCCACGUCGAGUGCGAUAUAUCUGCUACAUGGAUGAAAUUGCUUCUGAGAUAGGAGUCAAGCCCAACUUGUUCUCUCUCCUCAUCUGGGAUACAAAACUAGCCAUGGAGAUGUUCUUUGGGCCCUGCACCCCUUACCAGUACCGUGUACAGGGACCUGGGAAAUGGACUGGAGCCCGCAGAGCCAUCCUCACUCAAAGAGAUCGAAUCCUUAAACCCCUGAAAACACGUGUGCUCGUACAGUCUGGAUUCUCCUCUACUAGUCUGUUUUUGGACAAAAGUAUCUGUGCUGUCAUUUUGCUCUUUCUUCUCAUGUUAGUCAUCAUACAUAUGAUAUGUCAUUAG